GCGGGUCAGGUGCGGUGCGGGCCAUGGGGCCGGGCCAGAAGGGCCAUGGAGCCGUGGCGAGAGGCGCUCUCCUUCCCGGCCUUCCGAAGCCGGCUCCCCCGGGGCGCUGCAUACGGCUACGGCGGGGAGAGCCCGCGGGCGCUGCGCCGCAGGGAGUUCGCCAGGCUGGGAGGAAUGACUUACCUUGACCAUGCUGGGGCGACACUCUUCCCGCAGAGUUUACUGAAAACCUUCACUGAGGAUCUCAGUUCAAAUAUUUAUGGCAACCCCCACAGCCAGAGCAUCAGUAGCAAAUUGACCUACGACACUAUUGAACAUGUCCGAUACAGACUAUUGCAGCACUUCAAUACCACCGUUGAAGACUACACGGCCAUUUUCACUUCUGGAUGUACAUCCGCGCUCAGGCUUGUAGCGGAGGCCUUCCCUUGGGUCCCCGAAUCCCCAGAGGAGCCCGGCAGCCGGUUUUGCUACCUCACUGACAGCCACACGUCUGUGGUGGGCAUGAGGGGGAUCACUGCUGCAAUGAAUGUCUUGUCUGUCCCUGUGAAGCCUGCGGAGAUGGUGCCACGGACAAGGGAGGCAGGGGCUGAAGAGCGGAACUGCCAGACCCCUCUCCUCUUUUGUUAUCCCGCCCAGAGCAAUUUUUCAGGGACAAAAUAUCCCCUUGCGUGGAUUGAAGAGAUAAAAUCGGGAAAGCUCCGCCCCAUCGAUGUCCCAGGGAAAUGGUUUGUGCUGUUGGAUGCGGCAUCUUUCGUCGGCACUUCUCCGUUAGACUUAAGCACUCACCCAGCGGACUUUGUGCCUGUGUCAUUCUACAAGAUGUUUGGAUUCCCCACGGGCUUGGGGGCUCUGCUGGUGAAGAAUGAAAUCGCUUCUCACCUGAGGAAAACCUAUUUUGGAGGAGGGACUGCGGCAGCCUACCUUGCUGGGACGGAUUUCUAUUCACCGAGGCGUUCCAUAGCUGAAAGGUUUGAGGAUGGAACGGUUUCUUUCCUGGAUAUCAUUGCGGUAAAGCAUGGAUUCGAUGCCUUGGAAAGGCUCACAGGUGGAAUGGAGAACAUAAAACAGCACACGUUUGCUUUAGCUCACUACACUUACACAGUCCUCUCCACACUGAAGUAUGCCAACGGGGCACCCGUAGUACGCAUUUACAGUGAUACGGACUUCAGCAGCGCAGACUUCCAAGGUCCAAUCAUUAAUUUUAACGUAUUGGAUGAAAAUGGAGAAAUAGUUGGUUAUUCCCAGGUGGACAGACUGGCAGGGCUCUACAACAUCCAUGUCCGCACAGGCUGUUUCUGUAACACUGGAGCUUGCCAGCAGCAUUUGGGGAUUAGCAAUGAGGACAUCAAAAAGAACCUCCAGGCCGGCCAUGUGUGUGGAGAUGACAUAGAUGUAGUCGAUGGACGUCCCACCGGGUCUGUGAGGAUCUCGUUUGGCUACAUGUCCACAUUUGAAGACGCACAGACCUUUCUGAAGUUCAUCAUUGCCACCAGGCUCUGUGGUUGCAACACACUUAUUUGUCCUUCUCAAGCAGAGACGGUUUCACCAGCGGCAGCAUCGACCAAAGAAAAUGGCUAUACUUGUGAUACCAAGACUGUCGACGAACUUCCUCCGCAGAGAAUCAUAACGGACUCUCAGGCUAACACCAGUUCUCCUCCGGGGGUGACCUCAGUCUGUCCACAGCUUGCCGAGGGACAUUCAGAAAGGAACACGACUGAUAUUUCUGGGAAUUCAACAGAAGUGCCACAGAGUGGUAGAGUGCCAGUAACUGUCACCAACAUUUAUCUCUACCCAAUCAAAUCAUGUGCCGCCUUUGAGGUUGCACAGUGGCCCGUUGGGAACCAAGGCUUGCUGUAUGACCGGAGCUGGAUGGUUGUGAAUCAGAAUGGAGUCUGCAUUACGCAGAAGCAGGAACCGAGACUGUGCCUUGUACACCCCGUGAUUGACCUGGGGAAGAAUGUGAUGACCAUCGAGGCAGAAGGGAUGGAUCUGAUCUCUGUAUCCUUAGAAGAAGACGGUGAAAGACCAACUUCUAUCUGCCAAAGCAAAGUCUGCUCACAUAGAGUGCAGACAUACAGUUGUGGAGAAAGACUGGCAGCUUGGUUUUCGGAGUUUCUUGGCCGACAGUGCUACCUGAUCAGGCAGUGUUCGGACUUCCAAAGAAAUGCAAAACAGACACACGAAAAGGGAGAAACGCCUGCCGUGGCUGCCUCACUCUCUUUGGUAAAUGAAGCACAAUAUCUCCUGAUAAAUCAAACAAGUGUUUUACAACUCAGUGAUCAGAUCACAGCCAGACUAGGUGAGUCACUUCCCCUCCAGAAGCUCAUCCACCGCUUCCGCGCCAACAUUGUUAUUAGCACAAAUGAGCCGUUCGAGGAAGACCAGUGGGACGAGGUGGCAAUCAGCAGCCUGCGCUUCAAGGUUAUGGGGCCAUGCCACAGAUGUCUCGUUAUCUGUAUCGAUCAGCAAACCGGACAACGCAACAAGGAAUUUCUUCAGAGUCUGGCUUCUACCAAAAAUAGAAAGACUAACUUUGGAAUCUACCUGAUGAAUCAUCCUGAAAGACCACUUUCCAUUCUGAGUACCUUGUCAGUGGGAUCUCAAGUACUUGCAGUGGAGAAGAACAUCGCACAUUCACUGUCCCCUGAAGAGCAACAAUCAGGGUGACUUCAGGUCACAUCUAUUCUGAUGUGCCUUUGCAGUCUGAGUCACUAAUUGGGGCUA